UAUCCCAGGGUGCAGCGGGAUGGCUAUCGUUCCGGUCUGGGUGCUGGAACCCCGAUGCAGGUCACGUGAGAAAACUGCGGUCCGGGAGCAGCCUGAGGAGCCCGGGCAAUGGCCAGCGGGCGGACUGCGGCCCUGGGAGGGAAUGCCACUGGAAGGUGUGUGUCUAUCUCUAAAUGGAAGAGUGUUUUGUCCAGAGUGAGGUCCUCCCUGUGCAUGUUCCAGAGAGCCCAGAAGAAGCCUGCAGAGCCACAGAAGCUCCACAGGGAGUGGGCCCAGUCCAACGGCUCCAGAAAUACGGAGUGGCCGUUACCCCAGUUUGUCUCUCUCUUCUUUCCGGAGUUCACAUACCGAUCGCAGCAGCUGGAGUGGGAAUUCCAGGACAUUGAGCUCAUCGCCAAAGGAUCCAUUGGACCGAUUCUGAAAGUCUGUAAAAGGACCGAUGAGCAGAUCUACGCUCUCAAGGUCCUGCUGAAGGCAGAGGUAUUUCGACAGGGAAUGCUGCAGCAGUACAAGGAAGGAGCCACUCUUCAGAAGCAGGCCCGCCAUCCGUUUGUGCAAGGUUUACGGGAAUGCUGGCAGUCUCCACGCCUGCUCUUCAUCAUGUAUGAUUACCACAGCGCAGGAGACCUCUACAUGCUCUGGAGAGGCUGCAACUCAUUGGAUGAGGACACAGCGCGAGUGUUUGCAGCCGAGUUAGGCUCCGCUAUUGGAUUCCUCCAUGAUUUGGGUGUUAUUCACCGCGAUGUAAAGAUGGAGAAUGUUCUGCUGAAUGAACGAGGUAAGCAGGAGUUGGUAGAUCAACUUUGCUCCCAAUCGCGUGAUCUGUCACUGGCUAUAGAGGUCAGUGCUGACAUGGUUUCUCUCCCUGACCCACAGUUUCCUGUUGAGCCGCAGAGUGAUCACAUCUCGAUGCUGGUGAGUGUGGAGCAAGCAGACAUGAGGCCACCCUCCUCCAUCAGCCAGAACCUUGCCCUCCUGCUCGCUGAGCUUCUGUGCAGAGACCCUCAGCUCCGUUUACACCACCUCGAUUUGUUCAGUGAGCAUCACUACUUCCACGGUCUGUCCUUUGAUCCUGAAUCACUGCAGAAGCUGCCCCUGAAACUUCAUCUCAGCAGCAACAAACACUUGACUCAAAUCAAACUCGAUCCCACUCUUUUCAGGGGCUUCGACUGUGACCUGCUGAAAGAUUGAGGCUCUUCACAGCCUCCUGAAGGACAGCAGAAGCGGGGAAAAUGAGAAGAUUUCACACCUACUGGGUACAGUUCUGGCUGCCCUGCUAGAGGAAGAAUGUCAUUAAAUUGGAAGUUUAAAAACACUGCACCUGACGAAGGAGCAAUGCUCCGAAAGUUUGUGAUUUCGAAUAAACCUG